GUAACAAACUAGAGUCCCGUUUAAAUCCCCAGAAAACAACAUAAAUACGUGCAGAAAAAAAUAAGAGGGAGGGCGAGAGAGAGAGAGAGAGAGAGAGAACCAGUUUCAUAAAAAUGGACAAGCAUAAAUUUGAUGCUCACCUUGCAGUUCAAGCCACAUGUGUGGUUUUCUUGGCAAUUUGUUUAAGAACAUGUGAACAGAUUGAAACAGAAGCCCUUCUAAGGUGGAAAGACAGUCUCCCAGAUCAGCCAAUCUUAAAGUCAUGGGUCUCUCCAGCACAGAACUCAAGUGCAGCUCAAAGCCCUUGUUCAUGGCGUGGAAUAACAUGUGAUAAUUCUUCAGGAAGUGUGAUUGAAAUAAACUUGGCUUACACUGGCCUUAAAGGUACCCUUCAAUACUUGAGCUUCUCUGCAUUUCCAAAUCUUCUUCGUCUUGAUCUUAAAACAAACAACCUCAUUGGUAGUAUACCAGAAAACAUUGGGGUUCUCUCCAAACUGCAAUACCUUGACCUUUCUACGAAUUACCUCAAUGGCACUUUACCUAUUUCUCUUGCUAAUUUGACUCAAGUUUACGAGCUUGAUGUUUCACGAAACAAUAUUACCGGGACAUUAGACCCUCGUCUUUUUCCUGAUGGUUCUGAUCAGCCCAAGAGUGGACUGAUAGGGAUCAGAAAUCUUCUCUUUCAGGACACCCUGCUUGGUGGUAGAAUUCCAGAUGAAAUAGGGAAUAUAAGAAACUUAACUGUGCUAGCCUUAGAUGGGAAUAGCUUCUAUGGACCUAUUCCUCCAUCUCUUGGGAACUGUACACAUUUAAGUGUUCUUAGAAUGUCUGAAAACCAACUCUCAGGCAUGAUUCCUCCUAGUUUUGGUGGAUUGACUAACCUAUCUGAGGUGUUCUUACACAUAAAUAAAUUAGAUGGUCCUGUCCCACAAGAAUUUGGAAACCUUUCAUCUUUAACUGUCCUGCAUCUUGCUGAAAACAACUUCACAGGAGAGCUACCACCGCAAGUGUGCAAAGGUGGUAAACUUGUCAAUUUCACUGCUGAGCACAAUAGUUUCACUGGCCCGAUCCCAAUAAGCUUGAGAAAUUGCUCGUCAUUAUAUAGGGUUCGGAUGGAAUAUAACCAACUAAGGGGUUAUGCAGAUCAAGAUUUUGGAGUGUAUCCUAAUCUUAGUUACAUGGACUUUAGCUACAAUAACGUGCAAGGUGAGAUCUCUUCAAAUUGGGCAAGAUGCAAAAAUUUGCAAUAUCUUGGUAUGUCUGGAAAUUCAAUAGGUGGCACUAUACCUGAUGAGAUUUUUCAGUUGAACCAACUAGCAAAGCUAUAUCUGUCCUCCAAUCAAAUAUCAGGAGAGAUUCCUUCACAAAUAGGGAAUUCCUCUAGCCUUUUCACUCUAUCUUUGAGUGGCAACAAACUUUCAGGAUUGAUACCCGCAAGCAUUGGAAAGUUUUCUAAUUUGCAAACAUUAGACCUGUCAGCAAACAUGCUAAAAGGAUCAAUCCCUUAUGAGAUAGGGGAAUGCUCAAACUUGUUGAGUUUAAAUUUGAGCAACAAUGAGUUGAAUGGAACAAUCCCAUACCAAAUUGGAAAUCUGGCAGCCUUGCAAGUUCUUUUGGACUUCAGUUACAAUUCACUUUCUGGCCAAAUUCCAUCUGAUCUUGGUAAGCUCAAAAAUUUGAUAAUCUUGAAUAUCUCUCACAACAAUCUAUCUGGUCCUAUCCCCGAUUCCCUUGGUGAAUUGUUGAGCUUGUCAAGCAUUAACCUCUCCCACAACAAUUUGGAGGGUCACGUACCUAAUAGUGGCAUAUUUAAUUCUUCCUAUCCAGUUGAUUUACGUAACAACAAAGAAUUAUGUGGGAAUAUACAAGGCCUGCAAUCUUGCAAUGUCUCAGUCAUAGAACCUGGAAGUGGAAGCAACAAGAAGAAAGUCAUAGCAGCAAUUGUUGGUUCGUUGGGAGGUGCACUGCUUGUUUCAUCAGCUUUACUUUGCAUUUUUGUUUUUGGCUGCAAGACAAGAGCUAUGAAACAGAUCCCGGCAAAUGAGAACAAAAAUCCAUUUUCUAUACUGCAUUUCAAUGGUAAAAUUGUUUAUCAAGACAUAAUUGAAGCCACUAAGAACUUUGAUGACGCCUGCUGCAUUGGGGAGGGAACAUUAGGAAAAGUUUACCGAGCGCAGAUGCCAGGAGGCCAAGUAGUUGCUGUAAAAAAGUUAGGAUGUGAGGCAGAUAGCUUAGACUUUGAAAGUGUAAAAUCCUUUAAAAGUGAGAUAGAAGCCAUGAUUGAGAUACGUCACCGAAACAUUGUUAAGUUGUAUGGAUUUUGCUUAGACCCCAGGCACACAUUUCUGACUUAUGAGUACAUGGAAAAAGGAAGCUUACUUGAUAUGCUGACAAAUGACCAAAAAGCUAUUGAGUUAGAUUGGCCAAAGAGAGUUAUAAUUGUCAAAGGAGUAGCGCAGGCUUUGUCUUACAUGCAUCAUGAUUGUAACCCACCAAUAAUCCACAGAGACAUAUCAAGCAAAAAUGUAUUAUUGUCCGAAAAUCUAGAAGCGCAUAUCUCAGACUUUGGCACUGCGAGGUUCCUGAAGCCAGAUUCAUCUAUCUGGACUUCCUUUGCUGGCACAUUUGGUUAUGCUGCUCCAGAGCUUGCAUACACAAUGGCAGUGACUGAAAAGUGUGAUGUGUUCAGCUUUGGCGUUUUAGCUUUUGAGAUUCUCAUGGGAAAUCAUCCAGCAGAUCUAAUUUCCCACUUACAAGCAUCUGGUUUUCAAAACAUCAACUUCAAAGAUAUUUUAGACCCACGUCUGUCACCUCCAACAAAGGAAAAAAGCUUGAAGGAAUUGGCUAUGAUAAGUAAUUUGGCUAUUUCUUGUUUACAAACAAACCCCCAAUCUCGACCAACAAUGCAAAGCAUAACUUACAUGCUUGACAAGGAGACAGCUCAUGAUUCAUGAUUACGCUUGCUUGCUUGUUUUCUCGAUGGGUUUUGCGAUAGGCAAGUGGACGAGCACCUUUGUUUACAUGUUUAGAAACUUGUAGUCAUAUGCAUAUAAGUUUUAUUUUAUUAUUAUUCUGUCUUUUCUUGUGUUGGCGUGAACAAAGUUGAAUUAUUAAACAGAAGUGACCAGAAACAUUAAGUCACACCCACAAGUUUCCUUGGGGUCGUAUUGAUCCGUGGAUUGAUUUGGUUGGGCAAUGCAAUUGGCUUCUUAAAAAAAAAAAAACAAUGUUUUUUGUUACAGUUUCAAUGGUUUCUGACUUUCUCGGAUCA